CAAUUAAUUGUGCAAUAUCAAUCCAAUAUUAAAACCCACGUCACACUGAACUACAACAGUCGUAACGUGCUAACAAUCAAUUAACUUCAAAAGUGGCUGUCGGAUAACAAUAAACAAUGAGGCUUAGCAGAGCGAAGAGGCCGCGGGAGCGUACACUCGAAAUGAAUAGGACUUUCACGAAUUUCAUCACAUUAUUACUGUUUUUGGUGUUCGCGUCCGCGUUUUACCUCGUCGUGUCAUUCCAGCCGAUGUCCAAAGAGGAACACGUGGAGAACUUCAACAAAAUGAACGAGGAGGUGGAGCCGUUCAGGAAGAAUUUGACGGAGUGCGCCCGGCAGGUCAAAGCUUCGAUGCUGGACGUCGAGCACUUUCUGAAGCGGCUACCGCAGUCGACCGCGCAGGGGAAAUGCUUCGUCGCUUGCAUUCUGAAGCGGAAUGCGAUCAUAAAACGCAAUAAGAUUGAUGCAAACGCCCUUCUGGAAGUAAAUAAAGCAGUUUACGGGGAAGAUAGCGAGGUGCUCUCGCGGUUAAAAGCUGCUAUAGGCGAGUGCAGUGGCGCGGUUGAGGGCAUUUUCGAGAUAUGCGAGUAUGCGUCGGUCUUCAACGACUGCAUGCACAUAAAGAUGGAGCACAUACUGGACAAACUGACGAUGGAGAGGCGCAUGGAGGCGCUCGGGCAGAUGACCUCCAACCCUGACGAGUGGACGGACGAGGACGACGAAAUACUUAAAUUGGUGAAAGACGAACUUUAGUUGGAACGUGUUGCUUUGUGUGAUUAAAAUAACAAAGGAUGUGCUUUAUUUGGCUUCUAAUUUUCCUGUUGUUGUUCCUUCUUGACUAAUGUUAGGAUUAAGUAGUCAUUUUGUGCUAAAUCCCUA